AUGGCUCUAACCUUCAAUGUGGAUGCAACAUCGAUGAAGCGCGCAUUUCCCGACAGUGAAAAACAUAUCGACCCAGGAUCCCGCGCCAAGCUCGCUCUGUCAGCUCUCCAGACAUGGUAUAAUGAGACCACAGGCCUCUGGGAAACGACAGGAUGGUGGAACGCAGGAAAUAUCGUCGCAACGUUUGGUGAUUACGCAAAGGCGUUUCCCGAGGACGCAGACUUGCAGGCUCUAACGAGGGAUGUUUUCUCGAAUGCACUUGCUCGUGCACCAAUCAUGAACCCUCAACCGGGCUACGAAGAUGAACCAUCGAACAGUACAACUGACAAUCAAGAUGGUUCUAUGCAUGUUGAAAGCGGAUAUAUGAAGGAACUUGAUCCGAUAACCUACGAGCCCCGUUGCAAGUUCCCGCCGAAUUGGAAAGAUGGGACUAAGAACAUUUCAAGUGCAGAGGCUGAACAUCAUAUUGAGAGUCCAGACCCACACGACUGGCUUGACGGCUUCUACGAUGACGAUCUUUGGUGGGCGCUGGCUUGGAUCAAUGCUUAUGAUGUUACCAACCACCAACCGUAUCUUGACCUUGCCGAAGGCAUCUUUCUCGCAGUAGCAAAGACAUGGGGCGCUUAUUGCGAUGGCGGUAUAUACUGGAGCUGGAAAAAGAACUACGUUAAUGCCAUCGCGAAUGAACUCUUCCUCAGCACUGCAGCGCAUCUAGCGAAUCGGGUCGAGCAUAAGAAAGAGACAUACCUUGAUUGGGCGAUGAAGAGUCACGAUUGGUUCUUCGAGAGCGGAAUGAUCAACAUCAACGGUACCGUCAACGAUGGCUUGACAGAAGACUGUGAGAACAAUAACAAGACGAUCUGGUCAUACAACCAAGGCGUGAUACUCGGCGGCCUCGUCGAACUCCAGCGCGCCGACUCUCCAUCGGAAACUAACUUUCUUGAGGCUGCACACCGUAUUGCGCGAGCAGCUAUUUCUGCGCUCUCGGGUUCCAAUGGAGUCAUUCACGAUGCCUGUGAGCCAGAAUGUGGUCUUGAUGGUGGGCAGUUCAAGGGCGCCUUUAUGCGAAACCUGGUCCGGCUACAGCAAGCAUAUCCAGACGACAUGUUUUCCGCGACGAUUCACGUAAAUGCGCAAUCGAUCUGGAAGAAGAACAGGGAAAUGGAUGAAGGGCUUCCGUUCUUCGGUGUGGACUGGGACGGCCCAUUUGUCGAUCCCGCGGAUGCUAGUUCGCAGAGCAGCGCCAUGGACGCGCUAGUUGGUGCUGUAGUCACGGGGUGGGCGUUCAAUAUUGACAACGAUGGGACUUAG